AUGACCGCUUUACGAUUGAAGCACGGUGAAGAUUAUGGUUUGAGAGUCUAUUAUUACUCUUCGCCUGUGUAUAAAGUGGAAGAGUACCUCCUUGCGUAUUCAAAAUUAAUUAAUGUUGUUCCUUUGAAGUCCGAAUGGCGCGUGCCACAAGAAUUGCUAGACAUGAACAUUAUUCCACCUCUCGUGGUCACUAAGCUCGGAAGGAAGAAAAGAAAACACGUUAAGGGCGUGGGCGAGACUUUCAAGUCGAAGAGGAGGAACAAGUGUUCACUGUGCAAGAGACCCGGGCAUAAGAGAACCACUUGUAACAACUACAAUCGUAGUUAG